AUGGUUUUCGUUUUGUUUUUCACUCGCGCUCUCUUGUUCUAUUCUGCUGCUACUCUCUACUUUGUUCUUCUCUUCGCUUUGCGGAUUGCGGAAUUCACCGAACAAGCCGUCGUAAAUAAUCUCCAAAAGCAACUCGGGGACACCAAAUGUUUGCAAAAGGCUACUGCUGCCAAGGAUGAUGCAACACCUGUGGCUGCUGCAGCAACGGAAAAGAUGGAAGUGGAAGAGGCACUGGAUGAGGAAAUUCUCCAUAUGGCUUCUGAAAAUCUCAAAAGCAGAACUCAUCUGCUUUAUAAUGAAAUCCGCAUAAUGAGAAGUGAGGUGCAGCGAAUCAACCACUCCGUUUCUACGUUGAAAGAGCGCAUAAAAUAA